AUGGCGGCAGCAGCGCGUACACAUCUCGCUUUUCACCACAAUGCCAAGCUAUAUCGCCUAACGACAUCAAUUGUCUCGACGCGGCCGUUUUCGGCUCUCGAGGAAGCCAAUCGGCAACUCUUCAAGGACGGCAGCGACGAGGAUCACGUUGUCGUCACAGCAGAGACAAUCUUUCACCCCCAGGGCGGCGGCCAGCCCUCGGACCAGGGCACCAUGACUGCGACGGUAACCUCCAACGGCGACGCCGCCGCCUCGUCCCCGCCGUCCUUUGAGGUCCGCGCCGUCCGGAGCGACGUCGUCCACGACGGGCAGGUGCUGCACCUCGGCCGCUUCGCUUCAUCCACCGCCGCCGCCGGCUUCCAGAAACCGGGCGUGCCCGUAGAGCAGGCCAUUGACGUCGAGAAGCGCGUCUUUUACUCGCGCCUGCACACGGCCGGCCACGUCCUCGGCGCGGCCGUCCGCCACCUCGUCAUGGACCAGGUCGAGGGCUUCGACGAGCUCAAGGCCUCGCACUUUCCCGACAGCGCCGGCUGCGAGUUUCGCGGCAGCAUUGACGGCAAGUGGAAGCCCGCGAUUCAGCAAAAGGUCGACGAGUACAUUCGCAGGGCCAUGCCCGUCGAGAUUGACUUUUGGGACGCCGACGACUUUCGACGCGCCGGGCUGCAACGGCUCAUCCCCGACAGCAGCUUCCUGGCGCCCGGGGAGACCAAGUUUCGCGUCGUCAAGAUUGUCGGCGCAGAGGUGUAUCCGUGCGGCGGCACGCAUGUCGACACGACGGAUCUGUGCGGGGAGACGACGGUUCGCAAGAUUGCGCGAAGCAAGGGCGUUAGCCGCGUGAGCUAUACUGUGAAGCCUUGA